GUUAAGAUCCCGAAUAGGGCUAGAAACCGAAUCGUUAUCGAAAUAGGGAUAAAUUAUCCUCGGAGAGCGAAUAAAGCUAAAAAGGAGAAAUUAAGAGAGAUAUCGAGAAAUUCGAAGAAAACUUCGGAAGGAGUACCUAAUAUUAGGCUAAGAGAAGUAAAAGAAGGGAAAUUAUACCGAUCCGAGAAUAAAUUAGUCCCGGAACGAUACCUCUUCCCUAAUAAACUUAAACCCUCGAGGGAUAUAAAUACUACCCCCUCCGAUAAAAGAAGCGGUACCGAUUCGAUACUAAAUAGGAUCGAUAGGGACCCGCGAAUAGAAGGAAGUCUAAUACUUCUAUUAUAUACCUUUAUUAACGAACUCGAUAUUACCCUUUACCCUAGGGAGGAGUACUAUCCUAACCGGAUAGCGAGGGACGAUAUAGAAAUUGAACGGGAGAUAAGCGCGAUAAAUUCUAAACUCCGAGUAAGCUACUUUAGGAGCGGAGUUAAUAAUCCCGAUUUAGGAUCGAAUCGUAGGAAGGCUAUAAGCCGAGGACCUAGAGAUAAUCCGCCGAAAAGGGGAUAUUUCACUAUAGAAACCCGGCGGAAAAGGCUAGGCGGAUAUUUUAGCCGGAGGAAUUGCUUAGGCGUAACUACCACUGGGUCUAUCUAUAAGACAACGUUAAAAACUCGAAUCGCUACCGAUUCUAUCUCGACCCUUUACCGAAUUGUUAAUAGAUUUUAUUAUAGGAUUAUCUUAAUCGAUCUAGAAAGGAAGGAUAACACUGCGGAAUUAGCCGAGCUAUUCUAUUAA